GCUGGCGGGGCGACGCGAUGCACGUCUGAUCGUGUAAAGGAUGUAGAGGCAGAUCAGUGCAGGAUGGAGUGCUCGUGGAAAACGGUGCUGCUGCUGGUGUGUGCGUCUCUGGGGGUCCAGUACACGGCCAUUCGCACCCUGAAGGACUCCCUGUCUGCACCCUGUCCAGGGGCCUACAGCUGCCAGGGCCCCCAUCACCGAGACUCCAGACUGUUGUGUGACAGCUGGCCACCCGGGGACCUCCCUCGCCACCACAUCCUGCUCUUCGCCACCACACGCAGCGGUUCCUCCUUCACGGGGCAGCUCCUCAACCAGCACCCCCAUCUCUUCUACGUCUACGAGCCCCUCUACCACGUCCAGCAGGCCUUCACCAACUCCAGCAGCAGGGUCAGACGCACGCUGGACCGCAGAGCUCUACUGGGGGCUUACCGUGACCUGCUUCUCAACCUUUACACGUGUGAUCUUCAUUUUAUGGAGAAUUACAUCCACCCAGAACCCCAAAAUCACAUGACUAGCUCCCUUUUUCGUAGAAGUUCGAGUCACGCUCUUUGCUCUCCGCCAGUGUGUUCGGAAAACCCGGAAGUAGUGCCCGAAGGUCCCGAUGAAAACUGGUGUCCGAAAAAAUGUGGCGCGCUCAACUUUACAUUAGCGUCAAUCUCGUGUUUAUCGAAAGGACACGUAGCCAUAAAGACGGUAAGGGUGCCAGAGGUGGGAGACUUACGCACACUGACUGAAGAUCCACGCUUGGAUCUGAGAAUUAUUCACUUAGUUCGGGACCCAAGGGCGAUCCUGGCUUCACGUAUGACAGCUUUCUCCGAUCAGUUCAGAGCCUGGAAAAUAUGGAACGCUACCGGAAGGCAACCUCGCUACGUGGACUUAACCCAGAUCACCAGUACUUGUAAAGACAUGUCCGCUUCUCUGACAACAGCGCUGCAGAGACCGGCCUGGCUAAGGGGCCGCUACCUGCUAGUGCGAUAUGAGGAUCUGGCUCUCAACCCCAAAGAAAAAACAGAAGAUAUUUACCGUUUUGUGGGGUUGGACAUGGACGAGAGAGUUUUGACUUGGAUUAAUAAAAACACCAAUAGUAAUGCUGGUUCUCCGUCAGAUUGGAACUACAAGUACUCAACCAGCAGAGACUCGAGAGCCACGGCGGAGAGCUGGAGGUUAAGGUUGAGUUUUGACAUAGUGAGAACAGUGCAGAAUCUAUGUAAUCGAACUCUCUCUCUGCUCGGAUACAGACCUGUGCACUCAGCGGCACAGCUCCGCAACCUGUCCCAAAGCCUGGUGGAGCCAAGGACCUUCUCUCCAACACUAUGA